UUUCUUUAUUUAACAAAAUAAAUCAUCUGUUGUGGAUUUGCUGAAUAGAGAAGAAGAAGAUAUCAUAUUAUGAAACAUGAUUUUACAAAGAUUAGUGAACGUUCUCCUUGUGACGAAAGACUUCGGCUAUAAUAAAAGUGUACUAAGGAAAAUAGUGUUGACAAAAUAUCCUUUAUUAGCAGGCCACUCGAAAUGGGCGAAUAUAAAACAUAUCAAGGCAGAAAAAGAUGGGCAAAAAGCUAUGGCCUUUUUGAGAAUAGCUCGGCAGCUACGUCUCGCGAUUCAAGAAGGCGGUAGCGUAGAUCCAGUACUCAAUUCGAAAUUGCGAAACGUUAUUGAUGAUGCACUUCGAAAAAAUAUGCCGAUGUCAAGUAUCCAAAGUAGUAUUAAAAAGUGCCAGCAAAACAAAACGGAACUAAAGAGAUACCGCCUCGAUUUGCGUUUUAAGCAAAAAGUUUUCAUCGUUUUGAUUAUUUACACCGAUAAUUAUUCUGGUCUGAAACAGGAGAUUGCACCAAUAUUAAGAAAGUCCGGCGCUAUGGUCAUAGAUACGAAUAACUUGUUUGAAGAGUAUGGUCUUAUAGAAGCUACCGUCAGUGAGGAGCGUUUAGUUUCAUCAAAAAAUAUUGAGGAGUUAGCUACAGAAGAUGCCAUCGAAUGUGGAGCAGAAGAAGUUGAAGUCUCUGAUGCCGCUGCCGGGCUUGUUAAUUUUAUUUGCAGACCUGAAGAGUUGCUUUCCUUGCGGAAAUCGAUUGAAACAAAAAACUAUAUCAUCGAAAAUAUGGAACACAUCUAUACGCCCGUGAAAUAUGUGGAGUUGCCUUCAGAGGAGCAAGCGGGCUAUGAAAAGUUUCUUGCGAAGCUUCAUCAGAUUCCCGGAAUAGAAGAGAUUUAUGACAAUUUGUUGGAUACAAGAGAUUAAUAAAUUUAACAUAAAAAACUACUAUGAAAGAAAACAA